AUGGCGACGCCGCCCGUGGCCUUCAACCGCCUCAAGCAGAUUGCUACCGACGCUUGCCAAUCAGCAAUCGGUUCCGCCGAGUUCUACGACCACGCUAAGACCGAGGGAUGGAACUCGCAGAUCAUCUCCUCUGUCCUGAAGGCGGUCAUCUCUGAGUCCACACCCCAGGGCGGCUCUGCCCCCGCCUACAAGUUCGCUUGCAACUCAACCAUCGUCCAGCACCUGGUCCCUACCUCUUCCCUCAACAAGUCCAAGGGAACCGCCGCCUCUACGGAGGAGCCCUCCGUCUCCACGAGCGCUGACCCCGCGACUGCCACCGACGGCAAGCCCCACGUCGGCCGCCGUGGCAUGCACUCCGCCACCGGAGCCUACUGGGACGAGAAGAAGGACGGCAUGUGGUCUUACAAAUACGACGGCGGCGAGGGCAAGGGCAUGGACGUUGUCAUCAUGCUCAUCUGGGUCGCCAUUUAA